GGUAUUUAAAACUAUCUACUCUUUCUAAGGAGGUUCAAUUUUAAUCUGCGGUAUAGAAGCAAACGAUUUGAAGUUGAACAAUACAAAAAUAUCUGUGACGCUGUUUCGUUUCGGUCUUGGCGCUCUUGCCUUACGCUUCAUUAAGUUUAACAGGAGCUAAGAAAAACAUUGAUUUCUCUUCCUGAAUUUUAACAAAGCGUGCUGUGUGUAAUUAUUCGUUAAACAAACUGAUUUCAUUCAAGUUAAACGAAUAAAAAUGUCUUCAGACUUCUAUAUUCGUUACUAUGUCGGACACAAAGGAAAGUUUGGUCACGAAUUUUUAGAAUUCGAAUUCCGCCCCGAUGGCAAACUCCGGUACGCAAAUAAUUCUAAUUACAAAAAUGAUACAAUGAUUCGUAAAGAAGCAUAUGUUCAUCCUUGCGUGAUGGAAGAACUCAAAAGGAUUAUAGUAGACUCAGAAAUAAUGCACGAAGACGACCGGCUAUGGCCACAACCAGACCGAGUGGGGAGACAGGAGUUGGAGAUAGUUAUAGGGGAAGAACACAUUUCCUUCACAACAUCUAAAACAGGAUCCUUGGUUGAUGUAAAUCAGUCUCGAGAUCCAGAAGGCCUCCGUGGUUUUUAUUAUCUGGUUCAAGAUCUUAAAUGUCUAGUAUUUUCCCUCAUUGGUCUUCACUUCAAGAUCAAACCUAUUUAAGUGUCUGACUAUAAGAGUAAUAAAAAUUUGAGUAAUAAGA